CACUAUGGGACACAGAACUAGCAAGGAAAUAUAUUGAAAGAGUCAAAGCUAUGAAUAGAGGACUCGAAACAAUUUCCUGCAUCAAUAAACUGCUCGGGGUUUUGAGAACUGGAGACAACCAACCAGAUUUCACGAUGGUUUCAAGGGACAGUAUUCUAGAUAUCCUUAAUAACGCUCCAGAGUUAAAGAGGAAGUUAGAAAAAGAACAAAGAGAAGGGGACAUUCGUUUUACGUUUCGGGAUCUGGAAAGUGCCAUUUAUGAAAUAACAAGGAGACCUUUAGCGGAAUGGAUGACAAAUAAUCCAAAAAAAAAAAUUAGUGGAUUGUUUGAUUUUGUGCAUGGUGUAACAGAUUUGCUCGAUGUUACAUCGAAAGCCGAUGAUGUGUACGGGGAUUAUCAUGAACGCAAUGAUUGGCGAACAAUUACUAUAGAAACGAAGUACAUUGGCACAACAGAUUUCAAGAUGGAAGAGUGGGACAAAAAGUUUUUGACAAAACAGGGUGAAUAUGCAAUCAGAGCUUAUUUUGGUGGAAAUUCACCACAGGAUACAACUGAAUGAAGGGACAUUGAUUUAAAUACAGGAUACAACUGAAUGAAGGGACAUUGAGUUAAAUACGGGAUACAACUGAAUGAAGGAACAUUGAGUUAAAUACAGGAUACAACUAAAUGAAGGGACAUUGAGUUAAAUACAGGAUACAACUAAAUGAAGGGACAUUGAGUUAAAUACAGGAUACAACUAAAUGAAGGGACAUUGAGUUAAAUACAGGAUACAACUAAAUGAAGGGACAUUGAGUUACAUACAGGAUUCCUUGUGUUGAAAAAUAUUUUACACUGAAUUUCUAUGGAAAAGCUAUUUGUUUUGGACAUGCACAAAAACUCAACACAUUUGAACUUGCUUGAGUAUCUUGAACAUGGAUACUUUGAAUACCAUUGACACGUCGAGGUGGGCUGGAAGUCCUAGCUACAUUUUCGUUAUCUUUUUCAACCUCAAUAUCUUGAAUCCAGGGAUAUCUCGACGUUUUUCCCUCGGCCCUAUUGAGUUUGAGAUAACGAAGCUUGACUGUAUUUCAUGUUACACUCUUUAAAGAUAACCAGCAGGGUUGUUGUAUUUUCUAGUGUAAAGAUAACCAGCAGGGUUGUUGUAUUUUCUAGUGUAAAGAUAACCAGCAGGGUUGUUGUAUUUUCUAGUGUAAAGAUAACCAGCAGGGUUGUUGUAUUUUCUAGUGUAAAGAUAAGCAGCAGGGUUGUUGUAUUUUCUAGUGUUAAGAUAACCAGCAGGGUUGUUGUAUUUUCUAGUGUAAAGAUAACCAGCAGGGUUGUUGUAUUUUCCUUUGUAAAUGUCGCUUGUAUUUCAGUGUGUUUUAACAAAAUUCAACGUUGAACUUUACCAAGAUAUGUUUCACGGAGCCGUUAUGUCCCCUCGUAAGCUGAUGAGAUUAGGAGGGAAAAAUUGAAAAUGUAUGAUAAUAGUAUGAAAGUCUUAAUGAUUGGUUAUUCAUAUCGUCGACGUUAUACGAUGGGGUAUUUUCAGUCUGCUUUCUAAUAGAUGCUAUCAGUCUCUUUCUUCACCGUGUACAUCGUGUUACCAGUAAUGGUUGAUAUCAGUUUUCUUCAAUAUUGAACAAACUCUCUAUAGGCUUAUUUAUAAAAUGAAUAUAUUGUCGAUUGUUCAAUAUUCUUUAAAAAAAAACACACCUAAUAAACAAUACCUGGCGAUAAUGUGUAUAACUAUUUUAUCUUUAAAAAUGCUUUCUUUCUUUUUUGACAGACAACAAAUUAUUGUGCACAAAGUUAUUUGUAUCUCCCCCAUAAUUUUUUUUUUUUUACAUAAAUACAAUAUUAUAAAAUGUAAUUUAGACCUAUUAGUACAUAUAGUUUCUCACAGCACACGUCAAAUGCGAAAUAUCACAGCACAAAGGUAACGAAUUGUGGCAUUUAGAGGUUCCAGAGUUUGCCUUGAUGAUCUAUGAUAUAAUAAUCAAUGCAUAACAAUCUGCUUAACAUCUUAGGAAAUUAAAAGUUGGACUAGUUUACAUAAUCAACUUGAGACUAAUAUUGACCUCGCAAUAAAGAAGCUAACGCGCGUUUUGAAGUGUGCCGGUGUAGAGGCAAAUUUUGACUCCCAUAGAAUAAUUUUCGACGUCGAAAAAUGACCUCCUAGCCGUAGAAAAAUUGGAUAAUUUUGUAGAGAGAAGACCCAGGGGUCAUUAUUUUGCGUGCCAUACCUGAAAAGUAAUGACCCCCGUAGAAAAAUUACCCCCUCCUUUUCUUAGCAGAUUGAUUUAUUUUAAAGGAUUCAGGUUAUUAUUUACCCAGAGUUAUCGUUCCUGCUGCUCCUCUUAUCAAAUUUAUUCCAUGUGUAAAUUUUUUUCACGGUUAAUAAAAUAAAAGUAAGAACUAGUUCAUUAAAUUUGAGGAAAACCCACUGUAGGUUCCAUGACCAAUUACAACUGAAAAAAACCCCGCGUAUUUCAGGGACGGAUCCAGAGAAUUUUCAAAAAGGGGUUCUACCAUAAAUUUUAGUUUUCAAAAGGGGAGUUCCAUUCUCAAAAUGUGUUAUUUUUACCUCAUUAAGCAACAUUUUGUAAGGAUAGGCAGAGGUACAACCUAUAAAACCUCCACACCUCCCUCUGAAUCUACCAAUGUAUUUAUGCUAUCUAUUUACAUGUAUAGAUCUUGUGUAAUCAAACACACACAUAAAAAAGAGCUGCGUCUAAAUACAAUACUUCUUGUGUCACAGAGAGGCGUGAAAUCUUCUUAAAACUGAUGAACUGACAUACAUUGUUUGCAACUAAAGUCAAUAGCUUAUUUCAUUUACGCAUCAUUAUCGUUUUUCAAAAAUUGUGAAAAAUGAGUAAGUGUUGAUAGAGGUAUUAGUGAGUAUGCGAACGAUAACUUUGGGUAGACUAUAGCAUUUCACUGGAUAAUUUAUGCCUAUCAGGGGUGUAGGACAAGGGGACGGGGGCACGUGUCCCCUCACUUUUGGAAGAGGGGGGGGGGGGGCACAAGUGGGUUUGUGCCCCCUCACUUUUUUAACACAAAAUUAACAUAGAUUGAUCAGAUGAGAAUAUACCACCGUUAAAAAAAAUACUCAAUUCUAAUAUGCAGGUCUUCAGCACUCAACGCAUUAUUUCUUGCAUGUACAUAACCUAUUCUCUCUGUACUACAUUUUUUUGGACCGAGUUACGUUUUAAACCGUCAUAAAAUGGUUAGUUACAAGACAAAUUUUCUCACGGUGAAAAUAGUUAUAUCUCAUUUAUAUUAGAAGGGGACCCCCCCCCCCCCCCCCCCCCAUUGCAAUGUUCAAAAGUGCAGUAUGUCGUACACAGUACAGGGGAGUAGGGGAAGAUACAGCCGGGGCACAUGCCCCCACACUUUUCAAAGGGGGAAGAAAUAUGGUUGUGCGCCCCCUUAUGUAAGGCUUUUUUACAAUCUGAUUAGAAUAAGAUCCCCGAUCCGCUCCUUUGUUUUCAUAUUGUCUCUACAAGAUAACAACAAAGGAGCAGAUGGAGGAUCUCAUUUUUAUCAGACUGGGAUUGUUAGUUAGAACCCACAAAUAAAACAAUUUUGAGCCAUUACAGUCGGAAGACCCUCCAGAGGCCAUGAAUCUUGAAUUCUUCAAAAUUUUCUUCGGGAGACAUGAAAAUACAUGAAACUUGAUUAAUGAAGUCAGUAGGAAAUGGCAUACAAGCAAAGUAUAUAAAGUG